AUGCUGCUGCACAUGAGCGCAGAUUAUCAUCACGUGGUUGAUGACUGUGAAGAGGCGUGGGUCGCGUGGGCGCGUUUGAAGACGCUGUACGGCGGGUCGCAGAAGGCUGGACGCAUCUACUUGAAGCGCCAGCUGUUCAGCAUGGAGAUGGCGGAAGGCGGCAAUGUGAUGCAUCAUUGCAACGAAGUCCUCAACACCAGCGCGAAGCUGGCUAGCAUCGGCGCCAAGAUGGAGGACGAGGACGUUGCGAUCUGCUUGUUGCGCAGCCUCCCCAAGAGCUACGAGAACGUCGUUCUCAACUUGGAGAUGAGCAGCGCGGAACUGCGAUCGCGAGACGUCGUGAGAGUGCUCACGAAUGAGCACAUCAAGAGGCAAGGUGACAAGACGACAUCGGUGAAGACUGAAGACGCGGCCAAGGCGUUCAGUACCGAGCGUGAACCUCGCCAGUGUACAUACUGCGGAAAAUUGGGGCACACGGCGGAGCGGUGCUGGACCAAGCAGAAGGACGAGAAUCAAGGUGGAGCUCGACGCGGCGGCAACAAUGCUCGUGGACGCGGAGCCAACAACGUUCAGUGGCGAACCAACAGCAACUACGACGACAACUGCGAUCGAGUUGCGUUCGCGGUUUCGCUGGAGGCCGGACUUUCGACGGGCAAGAAUAUGCCAGGGAUGUGGGCAGUCGACAGCGGUGCGACGCAUCACAUCUGCAACGACAAGGCCAAGUUUGCAAGCCUGAAUGAGCGAGAGGAAGGCGAACUAUCAGUGGCUGAUGGCAGCAAGGCUGCGAUCAAGGGUGUGGGAACCAUCAUGGAACGGGUGGUUCUGCCCAAUGGUGACGAACGCGACAUCGAGAUCAAGGACGCGCUGUUCGUACCAAGCAUGAGCAAGAAUCUGCUUUCGGUGCCACAGAUCAACAAGGGUGGGAGGUUCCAAGUCGUGUUCGAUGGAUCCAAGAUGCAAGUGAAGCGCAAGAAUUCCACACAAGUCGUGGCAACAGCGGAUCUCGUCGAUGGACUUUACUGGCUGCGGACUCCUCAACGAUCGGCAAAUGCAGCAACACGCAAUGGGACCAUCGACUUGCAUGCGCGCAUGGGUCAUGCACCCCUCGAAGUUCUGCGCAAGAUGGUGGCCACUGGCAUGAUCAAGGACGCCAAGGCACCUCUCAACUCGACUGGUCCAAGUGUGUGUCGCGGUUGCCAGCAAGGAAAGAUGGUCCAAAAACCAUUCCCAACCAACCGUGACAAACGCCAAUAUGGUAUGUUCGAGUUGCUGCACUUCGACAUCUGCGGGCCAAUGGAACAAGUCUCGAUCGGCGGCAGCAAAUACUUACUGCUUGUGGUUGACGAAGCUAGCGGUUGCAUGAAGGGCUUCUGUCUGCGGUCCAAGUCUGAGAGUGAAGACUGUAUCAAGAACCACAUCAUCAAGAUUCAAACUCAGUUCGGCACGAAGAUCAAGUUUGUUCGGCACGGUGGAGCGCAUGAGUUUGCGACCAACUCCAUCAAGACCUUCAACGAAGAUCAUGGUAUCGAACAACAGAUCACGGUGCCGUAUGCACACCAGACCAACGGCACCGCAGAACGCGCGAUAAGGACCAUCGUCACGAUCGGACGCAGCUUGUUGCAUCAUGCAAAGCUGGAGAAGUGUUUCUGGGCUGAAGCGGCAAUGACGGCGAUCUACAUCAAGAACCGCCUGCCUUCACCCAAGAUCGACCACAAGACUCCGUUCGAGAUCGUGUACAAGUAG